AUGCGUAAUGGCACUGCGCCGCUGGCUACACCCGACUUUUCUAGUACAGGGCGUAUCGAUGGGGACUGUCCUUUCACGGAAGGUGGUCACCACGGACGCAUGUCUGACAGGCUGGGGAGGUAUUUACGAGGGUCGCCCGGUGAGGGGUCUCUGGAGCAGAGACCUCCAGCGGUCGCACAUAAAUUACCUGGAGCUUUUAGCGGUGUUCCUCACCCUAGAACGCUUUCUGCCUUUUCUCAGAGGACACCAUGUCCUCGUGAGGACGGACAAUACGACCACAAUAUCGUAUAUAAACCGACAAGGGGGUUUGCGCUCUCUCCAGUUACACAUGCUGGCACGCAAACUGAUCUUGUGGAGCUGCGGCCGUCUCCUCUCUCUGAGAGCGACGCACGUACCAGGGUUAUUGAACCUCGGGGCAGACUUACUGUCCAGAGGUGCACCACUAUAUGCAGACUGGACUCUACAUCCAAUGAUUGUGAGCCAGCUGUGGGUGCGUUACGGCCGAGUCGCGGUAGAUCUGUUGGCAUCAAAAGAAAAUGCUCACUGUCAGCUUUUCUUUUCAAUGCGCGAUCAAAACGCACCGUUAGGUGUGGACGCGCUCGCGCACAAUUGGCCUCCGGUCCUCCUGUACGCGUUCCCACCCCUGGCGCUGAUACCCCAAACUCUGGCCAGAGUGAGGGAACAGCGCCACGAAAUGGUCCUGAUAGCUCCGCACUGGCCUGCAAUGUACUGGCUGUCGGAGAUCUAUCAGUUGCUGUGCGGUCAGCCGUGGCAGCUCCCCCUGCGCAGAGACAUACUGUCUCAGGCGGGGGGGACGAUCUUUCACCCACACCCGGAGCGCAUGGCCCUAUGGACCUGGCCCGUGAGUGGUACAAUAUGAGUACAGUGGGUCUCCCGCAGAAGGUGAUAAACACUAUUCAGAGUGCGAGAGCCUCCUCCACCAGGUCUCUUUAUGACUUUAAGUGGAGGGUGUUUGAGGAAUGGUGCCUUCAAAAAGGGCACACCUCUUUUCAGUGUCCUGUUGGAGUGAUUUUAUCAUUUCUACAGGACCUGAUUGAAAAACACAGAGCUUUCUCCACGAUCAAAGUGUACUUGGUUGCUAUUGCUGAAUGCCAUGUGGGCUUUGAGGGUAAGACGGCCAGCCAGCAUCCUCUGGUCUGCCGUUUUAUGAAGGGAGCUCGCAGGCUCCUCCCUGUCUCCAGGUCACUGGUGCCCUUAUGGGACUUGACAGUGGUUUUAGAUGGGCUUACUCGAACCCCAUUUGAACCUCUGGAAGAAGCUGACAUGAAGCACCUGUCACUAAAGACAGUGCUGUUACUGGCUCUGGCAUCAGCCAAGCGAGUCAGUGACAUUCAUGCGCUAUCUGUACAUCCUUCAUGCACUCAGUUUUUCCCAGGGCAAACAAGGGUGUUGCUGAAGCCCAACCCUGCCUUUAUACCUAAGGUGGUUGGUUCGUGUACCUCAAUUGACAUUGUGGCAUUUCCUCCGCCGCUGUGUCCCUCCGGGGAACAGCAGCCGAAUUUGCUGUGUCCAGUUCGUGCUUUACGCACCUAUAUGGAUAGGUCAAAAGAGUUUCGUCGUAAUGACCAACUCUUUGUAUCCUGGGCUAACCCUCACAAGGGCAAGCCCGUUACUAAGCAACGGCUCUCCCACUGGAUUGUGGAAGCGAUUGCUUUGGCCUAUACGAGUCAGGGUUUGCAGGCACCUCCGGGUUUGCGUGCUCACUCUACUCGUGGUCUGGCUACAUCCUGGGCUUUGUUCAAGGGUGUUUCCAUUCAAGACAUUUGUGCAGCGGCGAGCUGGUCCUCGCCGCUCACUUUUGUCCGCUUUUACAGAUUAGACGUCUCUGCUCCCAGUGUGGCUCAUGCAGUG